UUUUUGACAGGAUGUAUUUUUUUUCCAUUUUUUUUUUCAUCUCAAAAUUUUAAGAGGGGCGGCGCCCUAGCGCCCCCUAUGGACGCACCGCCACUGGUCGUGAGGUCAGAGCACUCAGACCACCUGAAUCGUCUCAUCUUGAGUCUUCCUGUGGUUUCAUUGUUCUUCUUUCAUCCUUCCUCUCUGAUUGGCCCCGGUAGUCGAGCGAGGCGCUCGGCUCCCAGCUGGUGGCGCUGCAGUCUGAGAAGAAUAGAAUAUAGAAUAUACACUUUUAUAGGUGGAGCUGGUGCAGUCACUGUCCGAGGUGGAGGCGGAGCUAGCGGUGCGCGGCGAGGAGCUGCAGCGAGUCCAGAGCUCGCUCGCCACGGAGAGGGAGAGCGGCGUGAAGACGGCCGAAGCUCUGCAGAACCAGCUCAACGAGAAGGAGAGCCGGGAGCAGGCCCUGGAGAGCCAGCUGGCUGCGUUGCGCUGGUCCGGCCUGCAGGGCGCCGUGGAGGAGGCCGAGAAGAUCAUCCAGGACUCGAUGGUCCAGAUCGACGACGCGGCGCACACCAGCUGCACCAGCUCAGCAGACUACCUGGCGUUGAGGUGUCAGGCCUCUCUGAGCUGCCUGGAGCGACUCCACUCGGCCAGAGACGUCUACCUGGCUGACCACACAGGUGUGUCUGAGCUGGUCCGAGUGGUGACCCAGUGUGGCCACCUGCUGGGAGACACCAUCGUCCAGGGCAGCGCCACCGCACACAUGGUGCCGGCGGAGCAGGCUGAUGCCCUGUCUCUCGUGGCUCUACCGCUGAAGCUCUAG